GGAGGCGCCAGCGUCCAACCUGCGGGUGGGUGGCGGUGGGGCAAUUGAAAAAGAGCCGGCGAGGAGUUUCCCCCCCCAACUUGUCGGAACUCUGGGCUCGCGCGCAGGGCAGGAGCGGAGCGGCGGCGGCUGCCCGGGUGAUGCGAGCGCGGGCCGGACGGUAAUCGCCUCUACCUCCUCGGGCUGCGAGAGCGCCGGACCGAGGCCGCGACAGGAGCGGACCGCGGCGGGAACCGAGGACUGCCCAGCGGCGCGCCAGCAGGAGCCACCCCGCGAGCGCGCACGACCGCCGGACGGAGCGCCCGCCAGUCCCAGGUGGACCGGACCGCACGUCGCGUCCCCGCGCUCCCCGUCGGCCACAGGAGACGCUCCCCCCCUGCGCCGCGCGCGCCUCGGCCCGGCCGCUGGCCCGCCUCCACUCCCGGGACAAACUUUUCUCGAAGCCGAUCCCAGCCCUCGGACCCAAACUUGUCGCUCGUCGCCUUCGCCGGGAGCCGUCCGCGCCGAGCGUGCACUUCUCGGACGAGAUGUCGGAGCGCAGAGAAGGCAGAGGCAAGGGGAAGGGCGGCAAGAAGGACCGAGGCUCCGGGAAGAAGCCCGCGCCCGCGGCGGGCGGCCCGAGCCCAGCCUUGCCUCCCCGCUUGAAAGAGAUGAAGAGUCAGGAGUCUGUGGCAGGUUCUAAACUAGUGCUUCGGUGCGAGACCAGUUCUGAAUACUCCUCUCUCAAGUUCAAGUGGUUCAAGAAUGGGAGUGAAUUAAGCCGAAAGAACAAACCACAAAACAUCAAGAUACAGAAAAGGCCAGGGAAAUCAGAACUUCGCAUUAGCAAAGCAUCACUGGCUGAUUCGGGAGAAUAUAUGUGCAAAGUGAUCAGCAAACUGGGAAAUGACAGUGCCUCUGCCAACAUCACCAUUGUGGAGUCAAACGAGAUCACCACUGGCAUGCCAGCCUCAACUGAGACAGCGUAUGUGUCUUCAGAGUCUUCCAUUAGAAUAUCAGUAUCAACAGAAGGAACAAAUACCUCUUCAUCCAGAAAGGAUACAUGUAAAACCCCUGUAUGUGAUUGGAAAUUUUAAGAGAUUUAUGUUUCAUCUGCAAACACUUUAUCACUUUUGCUCUCUUUCUAUUUAUUUUUCCUAGCAUUUCAUAAAUAUUGGUGAAAUAGCAAAGAUAUGAUACUAAUCUUUCCCUUUGUAAGGCUCAUUUUAACUACUUCCUCUGUGAAUUUGGAAAUUUGCAUUAUACAUUCACUCUUUUUAGAGUUCUUCAUUUAUAAUUCUUUUAAAGUGUCUUAUAAUAAUCUUUUGGUAAAAAUUAUCAUUAUUUCCCUUCAUUUUAUGUUAUUCUUUUGUAAAGGACGCAUCUGUGACUUAAAACAUAUUAAUACUUUGCUAAAUGAGUGUCCUAUUACACAUAAGUGACAGGUUGUAGAAGAGAAGAGCUUCAAAUUUGCAAAAGUCAGUAGGGCUAUCUUGUUCCUCCUUUAUACAGCAUCAGCAAAAAAGUAAAUGGAUUGUUUAGGACAAACCUUAAUGAUUUCUCUCUGAAUUGCCAACUGCUGGUGACCCCAUUUUGCAGACAGUUUUGUCAAAUGCUAUAAAAAAAUACAACUGUUAUACCAACCACUUUACUGAAUUAAGUCCCAUCCAUUCCAAUUUAAUAUAAAAACGAGGGAAACAAAAAUAGAAAGUCUAAUGAAUAAUAACAGGAAAGAAAAUAAAGAAAACUUUCUGGAAAA